AGGCAGGCGCCAUGUUUGUUAUGAUCAAGGAAUGGCGCCCUUAAGAGCAUCCAUUGACAACUGAAGCCAGGAUGUCGCCAUAUUUUCUGAAGACACCUUCCGGGUCCCUUAACCCGGCUAAAUCCAAGGUGCCAUGAAGUGAAUAAACACCGAGGGAUUUUGUUUGUCCCCAUCACAACCCCCGAAUCCCUAGCUACCAGCUACCUCGGUGCCCUCGACAGCGUUCGGACGCCAAGGCUGGGCGAGGCCCCGACCUCCGGAGCCCUUUCUGCGGACGACGAAAGCUGAGGCCGCGCGCAGGGAGGCGGUGGCCUCCGGGACAGGACGGCCACUGCUCGGGGCCGGGAGGCCCCAUGGCGCCGCCCCCAGCCCCGCUUCUGGCGCUGAGACCGGGGGAGACCGGGCAUGGUUACAAGAAGCCCGGGGCCGUGAGCUUCGCGGACGUAGCCGUGUACUUCUCCCCGGAGGAGUGGGGCUGUCUGCGGCCCGCGCAGAGGGCCCUGUACCGGGACGUGAUGCGGGAGACCUACGGCCACCUGGGCGCGCUCGGAUUCCCAGGCCCCAAACCAGCCCUCAUCUCUUGGAUGGAACAGGAGAGUGAGGCUUGGAGCCCCGCCGCCCAGGAUCCUGAGGAGGGGGAAAGCCUGGGAGGAGCUCUGAGAGGAGACACCCCAAACAAGAAGAAAGCAGCACGGGAGGAAGGGCUGGGAGCCAAGGGACCCAGAAAGACUCCCGGCAAGGAGCCUUCGAAAGAGCUGGUUAAACACAACCCUGACUGGACCGUCAGAAAAGUUUCCAGCAGAGCACAGCCGGCCACCAGUGCUGCCUGGAACCAGAACACAGGCGUGCAGUCCUCAGCCCCAGCGCCCAGCGUGGACACUCAGGACAGCCAGCGGCGUCACGUGUGUGCAGACUGUGGCCGCCGCUUCACCUACCCCUCCCUGCUGGUCAGCCACAGGCGGAUGCACUCAGGGGAAAGGCCCUUCCCCUGCCCCGAGUGUGGCAUGCGCUUUAAGAGGAAGUUCGCUGUGGAGGCACACCAGUGGAUCCACCGCUCCUGCUCUGGGGGGCGGCGGGGCCGGAGGCCCGGCAUACGGGCUGUGCCUCGGGCUCCCGUGAGGGGUGACCGGGACCCACCUGUGCUGUUCCGACACUACCCAGACAUCUUUGAGGAGUGCGGGUGAGCCCCUCGUGCAGGCUGGAGUUGAGCCUGAACUUGGACUGUCUGAGCCCUGAGGGGGGCUCCCGUGGCAGGGAUUUGGGAACCAAAAUUAAUCCCUUGGGCUUCCCUCAAGGAUCCCUCAAGUUUCAAAACUUGUAAAAAGAAAAGUGCCUGUAAAGAUACAAAUAGAUUAAAUUUGACCCUACUCGCCCCAGUCUUUCUAAAAAAAAAAAAAAAAAAAAAAGAGUAGAGUGAGAUGCCGGACCUUUCUCAAAGUGUUAAUCUCAUUGAGGUUUUACGGUGGUCUCAGAAACUUACCCCUUGCUGCUGCUCUACAUCAGAGGCAAAGGCUGAGGGGACUAAGGCCUGGGGAGGGGGCCCCGGGACCCAGGGCAUGGUCAAGCCCCGGCUAAUUGACAGCAGCAGUGAGCCUGGGAAGUGACGUGGGUAGAAAGAGUACCGAAGCACAGAUCUAGUCUCCGCAACUUGUCCCCAGGCCAGCUGGCAAGUCACAUGCUGUCCCUGAGCCUCAGCUCCCUCAUCUGUAAAAUAAAGAUUAAAAAUAGCUACCUCAACCGGUUACUGUGAAGGCGGAAAUUUUAACAAGAUAGUAUGUAGGACACAGUAAAUGUGCAAUAAACAUUUGUUGAAAGA